AGAGAACACACGCUCUCUGCUCCCUUGACUUUCCCUCUGCAGAAUACGGAUCGCUGUCACCGCACCUGGCAACCUCAUAGCUCAUUCAGCCCUCAACUAUAAACAAGCGGACCACCGUCUCAGGUCAGUCAGCUCAUCUGGGUCAGUCAGUCCAUCUUGGGUUCUCCCCUUACACCAGUGUGAUGACGGUGACCUGACCCAUGGACCUCGGCAGUGUCAGCACAGUGAGAGAGUCCCGUCUGGAGCUAGACCAUGAAUGACAAACUAGUCUUUUUGGGCCUGCUGUACUUUGUCCAGGGCAUCCCCUACGGUCUCCAGUCUUCACUGCUCCCCGUCUACCUGCGUGGAGCCGGUCACUCCCUCACCCGCAUCGGCUUCACCAAGAUCCUCUACUUCCCCUGGGUCCUCAAGGUGCUCUGGGCUCCACUGGUGGACCGGCUCAGCACAAAGCGGUACUGGCUGGUGGCGACAGUGUCUGGCCUGGCUCUGACAUGCCUCGCCAGUGCUGCCUUGGCCCCAGAAGCACAUAUCUGGGGAGUGGCAGGAACCCUGUUGGCCAUGAACACCCUGGCCUCAGUCCAGGAUAUUGCCGUAGAUGGAGCAGCGGUGGGGUUGUUGAAAGGUCGCGGGGAGCUGGGGCUGGGCAACACGGCUCAGGUCGUGGGCUACAAAGCUGGCUCGGUGUUCGCUGGCGGGGGGCUGCUGGCGGUGAUUGACGUGGCUGGAUGGAGCUGGAUGUUUAUGCUGCUGACGUUUGUGUAUGCAGGGGUGGCUCUGUUUGUGUGGGGGACCCCUGUGCUGGAUGAUGAUACUUUAAAGGGCCAGCAGGCUGAUGGCAGCAGGAGGGGGGCGCAGGGAUUGGAUGCUAUGAUGCCAUGGAGGGUGUGGAGGAAGAUGCUGGCAGUGCCUGGCACGCCAUGGACGGUCCUGUAUGUCCUGACAUACAAACUGGGUGAGCAGGGUGCAGUCACCAUGUUUCCUCUUUUCCUGUUGGAUCACCACAUGACCGCCAGGGAGCUCGGCUUCUGGAACGGUGUCAUCGCCAUGGGCUUCUCCAUCGGCGGGUCGUCCCUGGGAGGCCUGCUGCUGUCUCAGUUCAGCAUCGGGGCCCUGAUGCGACGUGUGUUUGUGUUGCGAACCAUCAGCAUGGUCUUCCAGAGCUCUCUUCUCACCAUACUGGAACCAUCACCGCUCAUGAAAGGCAUGGCCAUCCUCAGCAUGAGCGGUCAACACUUCCUGGGCGGUCUCAUCACCACGCUCACCUUUACAACUAUGAUGCAUUGCACUCAGAGAGCUGAGGAAAGCAUUCAGUCGACUCACUACAGUUUCCUGGCGACUCUGGAGGUGCUGGGGAAGCUGACGUUCAGCGCUCUGGCUGGAGGCGUGGUGGAUUGGUUCGGGUUCCAAGUUGCCUUCCUCUUCUUCCUCACCCUCUCCGCCGGGACGGCCCUGCAUGUGUGGACGGCUACAUUCACUGGUGCUCUCAGGGAACACCAGCUCAAAGAACAGCCCAAAUGACAUCAGGGUGAAAGGUCGUGAUACGGGGGCGUCUGCAGGUGCUGAAUGUAGACACCUCAGAGCUCCCAUCAAACAUGCCCCUCAUGACGUCAGUAAAUCAUCUAGGUACAGAAGAACUUGAACAAGUUAGAUUUCUUGUUUUCCAUGUUUAAGGAGAAAUCAGCCAUUUGCUCAUUUACUCUUAUUACAGAGCAAACUUUUUAUUUAUUUCACUGGAAAAACUGGCCUUGACAUUUUGUGUUGCACUUACAACAUUUGGAAAAGUCUUAAUAUUGACAGUAGCACGAUGAAACCUGCAGAUAUGGAUGUAGGUGAGGGUUGGGAUGUUGUUAGCAGUUUUUUGGGCAGGAUUCAUGCGCAGGGCAAUGAUGUACUGUCACACUGUACGAAGCUGUUUUUUCACGAUCUGAGCCAUGUUACAUGUUUUGAUAAGCCAGCAAUUAGAGCUGUAGCCAAAAGCAAUAUCACGACUCUGUGAAGCUUCUUCUAUCAUUUUGUGCUUUGUAUGAAAAUGUGCGCCAUUCCCAUGAGUUCUAUGGUUUACAGUUCUAAAUGAAUGCUUCUCUACUUCCUCGUAUCAGCAUCGUAUGGUAUGUGGCACAGGAGGCAGAUGUUUUACACAGUAACUGCACCAAGUAGAGUGUUGUUUCAUUCACAAAAAGUAGUCUCACCACAUGCGUCCACUACUUCAGAGCUGGUAUUAACAUCAGAGUGCUGGGAUCACAAGUGGUCAGCGCUAAGUUCAGGUCUGAACGCACCUAGGUGCAUCCUGAAUGUGUCCUGAGAUCUGAUCCCUCACACUACAGUUCAUGUGACCACAGUCUUUAAUAAAACAUAAAACAAUAAUUCCACGCUAGGCCACAUAUGAGGGACCAGCUACUCAGCUGACAUCUCUGACCCGCUACAGUUUAAAUGUGUUUUUACACCACUCAGUGUCCAUUCUUUGAUUUGUUGAUUUCUGCCACAAAAUCAACACUGACAAUCACAAAAUGGCUGAUGUUUUUUCUCAAUUUGGUAAAAUCUUGCUUCAUAGCUGAGCUGCACAAGAUUUGUUUCAGUCCGUCCCGACUGCGCUCGCUCUAUCUCUCUCUUCUACAUACACACACUAAUAUUGUCAACUGACACAUCCUUAAAUUCAACCGGAUAAAAACAUCAUUCGUGGUUUGGGAACACAAAUGACAUACGUGUUUAUUUGCAUGUGAUCUCAAAUGUUGACAGGAGACACCCUCAGGACACAUUGUGAUACCAGGUGUGACAGACGAACUUCACCUUGUUGACUUAUGAUCAGAUCUCAGGAUGGAUGUUAACACCAGGUCUGAACAGGGCCUUUGUUACUUUAGCUGGUCGCCAAUGUAAAUCUUCAGUUAUUGUCUCUUUGACUAAAGAAAAUUUCAGCUGUUGUAUGAGGAACAUUUAUUCUGUUUAAUCAGUCACUGAAUUUCCAGAGUAAAAUCCUGCUUUAUUAUACAGGUCUCACCUUUUCUAGCUUAAUUAUCUUAGACUUUCCUGAAAAAUUUGCUGUUAUUUAGCUGUAAAUUGUUGUUUCGAGAAAGGCUAAUGCAAUAAAUGGUUCUGAUUAUACGGCAGUCAACCUACUUCCCUUAGGAAACCUCAGCCUUACACACAGCAUGGUGCCAUCUUGUCUCCGUUUUUUAACUCAUUGACAACACAGCUCUCAAUAAAAUUUGAAAGACCAGAAUAACUAGUAAGUUGAGUAUUUUUUGUGUUAUGUACAAUUAAAUAAGUAUUAUAAAAUAUACUGUAACUCUCAUGGUACUGUAUACUAUAGAAAGUAAUUUCCUUAAAUUACUCUUAAAAUAUGAAUAAAACAGCAGCACAGAAUGUUUUUUUCACCACAUUCUGGGAGAAUCCAAUUAAAUAAUUUAUGCAGGUGAAUGUAUUAGUAGAAAAUAAGACAUUAGUUCUAAUCUAAUUGUAGAUUGUGCUGAAAGGAGAAAGACAGGUGAGAUGAGGAUGGGUUGGUUUGAAUAAAAGCAAUGAUCUGAGCAAGUUUAAGGGGGUUAGACAACUGGUCACCUGCUGUCGACCAUAUAACAAAUAAAGUGAUGUCAUGUCACGUCAUUACUUGUUCAUCCACAUGUUGCAAAGCACAUCUCUUGUCUCUCAGCUACUGUGUCGCCUGAGAUUGGCAAAAGAAAAUAAAGCUUCUGAGUGAA